CACGAGCGCGGACUUGACCGCGUCGGAAAGUGGACGUCCCCGUGGCGGCGGGCACAUGCACGGAUCCGGGAGCGGCGCACACUCAUCCCGGCCAUCUGGAGGCGGAGGACGACGCGGGACGCAGGGCGACAGCGCAGCCAAGAUGGCGUCAGCCAAAGAUGCGGGUCCGGGCCGAGAGGAGAGGGACGCGGCCGACCAGAACUUCGACUACAUGUUCAAGCUGCUGAUCAUCGGCAACAGCAGCGUGGGGAAGACGUCCUUCCUGUUCCGCUACACGGACGACUCGUUCACCUCGGCCUUUGUCAGCACGGUGGGCAUCGACUUUAAAGUCAAGACCAUCUACAGGAACGACAAGCGCAUCAAGCUACAGAUCUGGGACACAGCGGGUCAGGAGCGCUACCGGACCAUUACCACAGCAUACUACAGAGGAGCGAUGGGCUUCCUCCUCAUAUAUGACAUCACAAGCCAGGAGUCCUUCGUGGCAGUGCAAGACUGGGGAACGCAAAUCAAGACAUACUCGUGGGACAACGCCCAGGUGGUGCUGGUUGGUAAUAAGUUGGAUUUGGAGGAAGACAGGCAGGUCACCACUGAAGAUGCUCAGAGACUUGCUACAGAGCUAGGCUUCCAGUUCUUCGAGGCCAGCGCCAAAGAAUGCAUCAACGUCAAGCAGGUUUUUGACAAGCUGGUGGACGUCAUUUGCGACAAGCUGAACGAGAGCGUCAACGCCGACGCCUCCCCGUCGGCCAAUCACAAGGGAGCCGGACUGAAGGACACGCCCCGCGGCAUCCGGGGCGGCUGUGCAUGCUGAUGGCAACCACGCACGCACACACAAUAGUGUGCUUGUCGACCCAUCCUUCCUCAGUCGGCCCUGAUUUAAAUGUGACUGUUACACUGCAAUGCCAAAGACCUGCUCUGAGAACAUGUGCCUUUGACCUUGCUACUUUAUUAUUUGUCACCUUUGUGUGUGUGUGUGUGUGGUGUGUGGGGAGCAGGCACCUGUUGCAGGCAAACACUUGGAACAAACCUGAGCAGUGAGAAUCACAGUACUGUACUUGUGUCAUGCUUCCCCCUUGUGGCUGCGUUAGGAGGUUGCAUAACUGUGACGUUAAGGUACUUGGGGCGCCAUUGCUGAUGAUGUAAUUGUUUUAAAUGUUUUGUUUUUCUACAAUCAUUUGGCAAGACUUUCUUUUGCCAUGUUUUUUUUUUUUUUUUCCAAAUUGGGGAAUUUAAAGGGUGCUUCACAGCAUGUCUGAUGCUAUAUUUUGGAAUAAAAUAAUAUCUGAUUGCAAAAUGUAUUAUUAUUUUUUCCAACAUUAUAGUAGUAUUUAAUACCAAACCGCUUUUGGGAUUACACAACUGGGUUCCCAACUAUCCUUUCUUGUUUAAUAAUUAUAAAGACAUAUUAACGUUAUUGCAGUAAAUUGCGGUGUAUCUUGUACGUAGGCCAAUAAAAUAAACACAGUACGUGUUUAUUUUAUUGGCCUUCGAUUUGAAGUGACCCAGUAGAUGUGUUCCAGAUAAGAAAUCUUUCAUGGGUAAGUCAAUAUUUCUAUUUUCAUUGUGCAUCAGCUGUAACUGCUUGUGAUUGUCAUAAAUGUUGCCG